AUGACCAGCCUGUUCCGAAGCGCAUAUAAGCAGCAAUCAGAGAGAAAAGCACAGAGUACGAUGAGCUGUGACCACUGUACAAAAGGUUCUCUCCUCCCUGGUGACCCCACCGGUGCCAUCUCUGACAUCGACAGCGCCUAUCUCGCCCCUGGUCCUGACAACGCUGACAACGCCAACAACCGCGCCAUUGUCCUGCUCACCGACGCAUUUGGUCUCCCGCUGAAGAACUCGAAGAUCAUCGCCGACACGCUCAGCAAACAACUCGCGUGUGAUGUCUGGGUGCCCGAUAUCUUCAAUGGCUACCCUCUCCUUCCCGUAGAGGGCAUGGUCGAGCUCAUGCCAGACCGCGCAGGUGUGCAGAUGUCUCUCUGGAACAAAUUCAAGCUCGUCUUCAAGUUUCUCCCCCGCAUACCCGCCUUCUACCGCAGCAGACCAGCCGUAGUUGAUGCACGAACGAUCCAGUUCGUCAACAAAAUACGUGAGCAGAAGAAAUACGACAAAAUUGGUGCCGUUGGAUACUGCUAUGGUGGCUCGAUUGCUGCACGUGUUGGUUCUGCAAAUGUCCUCGACUCCAUCGUCAUCUGCCACCCUGGUCCCCUCUCCGAUGCACAGAUAAAUGCCAUUAACAUCCCAGCUGCUUGGGCUCUUGCUGAAGAGGACAUGGGCAUCUCUCUAGAAAUGUGCAACCAGUUCGAGGCCCUCUUUGCCGCACGUGAAGGAAAGGAUAACUAUGUCGAAUACGAAUUCGUAGACUACAAAGGCACUGCACAUGGUUUCGCUGCUCGCCCAAACUUGUCCAUUCCCAACGUCAAGGAGGGCUUUGAAAAGGCCAUCGAGCAGACCAUUGCUUGGUUCGACAAGACUAUUCCCGGUCAGGCUUAG